AUGGUAUUAAGCAGCCUAGUGACAAAUCGCGAGGAUAUUGACGGGGCGACAUUCAAGGGUCGCGCCGGCGGAUUAGAAGUCAGGCAGAGCUUAGCUGAGUACACCGCUUUAUAUCGAGAGUAUGAGCAGUUGGAGAAGAGUCUAGGAGCUGGAUAUGCACCAGAACUUGCGCGCCGACGAGACGAACUCCAAAGGGAGCUGGCUUCAAGAGAGGAACAUAUACGAAAAGUGGUAAAAGAAUAUGAAAAUACGGCUGACACGGAACCAACAAUGUUACGCGCGUCUGCUUCAAUAGCUGAAGAUAGCUACCGUCACUCUACUUUUAAGCUGAACUCUGGUGAUGCUUAA